CGGAGGCGUGGCGCCGCUCGUUUCUCCGACUCCGCUGCUACUGCCACACCCAUGGCUUUUGACUUUGGAGCUGCUCGAGUGGAGGAGAGGAACUCGAAAACUCAAGGAGCUGUUUCGCCGGCGUAGCCAUCGAAGAACAAAACGUCAAGAUAGAGCUAUGGCGCAGAUGGUCCACAGCGUGAAACAAGACAUGCAGUGCCUGGCGGCGAUGUGGUUUGGGAGGAUCACUGGUGACACUCACAAGGAGCGGCUCCAGGCAUUCUACAGCUCGCAGGCACAGGCAUACGACGCUUUUCGUGCCGGCUUUCUCCACGGGAGAGAACAAAUGCUGGUUGAGUGUGCGUCACGGCUCCAGGGACGAUCCGGGAUGGUGUGGGUCGAUUUGGGAGGGGGCACCGCCGAGAACGUGAGAAUGCUAUCCAGGUGCCUGGACCUCUCGGCUUUCCAGAAUAUUUACGUGGUUGAUCUUUGCUCCGCCUUGUGCGAUGUGGCUGCCGCAAAGGUGGAGGGAUUCGGAUGGACCAACGUCGAGGUGAUUGAAGAGGACGCUUGCGAGUUUCGGCCUCCGGCUCCCGCAACUCUCGUUACAUUCUCGUACUCCCUGUCAAUGAUACCGCAGUUUAUCAAGGUGAUAGACCGGGCUCUGUCCUAUCUCGACGUGGAUGGAAUCGUGGGAGUGGCCGAUUUCACGACGUCUGCAAAGUUUGACAAGCCCGAGCGGCAGCACUCUUGGCUCCGUCGUUGGUUUUGGAGGGCCGUGUUUGAUUUGGAUUGUAUUGACUUGGGACCUGAACGACGACAAUAUCUCGAGCAUCGACUUGCAACUGGUAAAGUCUUUUCUUUCCAAUGGCUAACAAUCUUUCUUCAGUCUACGAGGAUAACAGCUUUGGCAAAAUCCCAUACGUUCCUAUUCUGAAGGUGCCGUAUUACAUUUGGAUUGGCAAAGUGUGAUUGGUAGUUACUUUUGGAAUAUUAGAAAUACUCUUUAGAUAUUUUCCCCGGCUAGAUACGGGGGAAUAAGAUGGAUUUUAUGUGUAUUGUUAAAGCAUAACUUAACUUCAAUUUGAGAUUUU